AGGAAAUUAAGAAAGAUACAGAACCAAAGGAAGAGAACGUAUCAAAAAGGGAGAAACCUGGCAACGUGGCUAGUCUGGUGCAGCGGAUGAGUGUUUACGGCAUUCCGGGGAUUGGACCACCACCUCCUCAUAACAAAUCCUUUAAGAAAAAGUCCAAAAAGAGGCAGUGCAAAGUUCUUUUUGACUACAUUCCUCAAAAUGAAGAUGAACUGGAACUUAAAACUGGGGACGUCCUGGAGAUCACAGAAGAGGUAGAAGAAGGAUGGUGGAGUGGGACCUGCAGUGGCCGAUCUGGCCUGUUUCCUUCAAACUUUGUGAAAGAGCUGGAGCUGUCAGAUGACGCAGAGAGCCAGGAGAGUUCUGAAGACACAGCAGAGCCUACCACAGCCCCUACUGGUGCUUCACCAUCUUCCCCUGCGUUAUCGCCAGCUAAUAGCUUAGAAGCGUCUACCCCUACUGUGGCUCAGCCAAAGAAAAUCAUGGGAGUUGGUUUCGGAGAUAUUUUCAAAGAAGGGUCUGUGAAGCUGAAGCCAAGAAUACCAGUCGCAGAUUCUGAAAUCAAGAAGCCUGAGAAGCCGUCACCUACUCCACCACCAGCAGCAAAAACAUCUCGCACACUAAUCUCAGAUCUACCAAAAACAGAAAUUGACGGCAAACCAAAAGCCAAAGAGAUAUGCAGAGCCUUGUAUCCCUACGAUGCAAUCAAUGAGGAUGAGCUUAGUUUUAAGGAAGGCGACAUAAUCAACUUAAUAAAUAAAGAUACUGGCGAUCCUGGUUGGUGGAAAGGAGAACUCAAUGGUAAAGAAGGAGUUUUUCCUGACAACUUUGCUGCUAUAAUCCAGGAAUUAGAAAAGGAAAAGCCAAAGAAGCCUCCACCUCCGAAAAGUACGGUGCCAAAGCCAGAACUUCGUCUUGGAGACAAAAAGUUCACUCCCACCAAAUCAGAGGAGAAAGAUGAAAAGCCAUUUCUUGAGCCUAAGCCUUCCAAACCAGCUGCACCUUUGGUACCUCCUAAGAAACCCAGUCUUGUAAAUAAGUCAAAUAGUAAUCUGGUCAAAACCAGCAACCAUCCCACCCAAGCGACCUGACAAGCCAGCUUUCUCAACACCUCCAUCCAAAAUAAAUGGGGACUCCCCUCGACCAAAGUCAGAACCAGAGCCAUUCAGCAAAACAAGAAUGGAUUUAGAGCAAAUUCUAAGCCGACCAAAAUCUCAAGAUCUUGAGCCGAAUUUAGUGAAAAGCCCCAGAGAGAAUGCUCCCUCAGAGCUCAGUUUUGAUGAACUUCUGCCUACCUCAGAAAACUUAACUCAUCCGACUGCCAGCCGACCAAAGAUGACCGGCAAGAGGCUGCCUGGCCGCUUUAACGGUUCAAGUCCUCAGGCUAAACCUGACACUGAGACACAGAAGGUACCUGUGCAUCAUGAGGAGGAGAAUGAACGUGCCAAAACACCACCACCACUAGAAAUAAAGAAGCCAUCAGUAACCACACACUCUACUUCCAUAUUUACACCCACGCCGACUGCGUCAAAACCCCAGCAUCACCCCAAUGAGCCCUGUUCUAGUGGAUAUCAAAACAAAGUUAGAUUUAAAUGAUGGGAAGAAGAGCGAAGUGGAGGAAUUAAGAGCCCAGCUGAGCGAGUUGUUAACUAUUGUGGAUGCACUUAGGAAAGAACAUAGGAAAGAAAUAGAUAAAUUUAAAACAUGACCUAGAAGAGGAAAAACUGCUACGAUCCAGUUUAGAGAGCGAGAUCGAGAAGUUAAAGAAAGCUGUACAACUGACAUGA